AUGUUCAUGCGGAAUUUCUUACUGUUUUGGGUGCUCCCGAAUCGGAGACAAUUAAGGACACCAUUCGCCAGCUCCGAGUCAACCAAAUGGUGCUGCCCCCCGGGUCGACUCUUCCACAUCUUUGCCCUCCUCUGCGGCCCGACCGCCCACGCUGCGAACCCCCAGGUCUCCAUCCUCCAAGACUCCCAAGUAGACUGGAUCAUUGAGAAGCCUCCCAAAGCCGAGAAAAAGUCUGAGUCGAGGUUCAAGCGCUUCUGCAAGACUAGCGAUGACCAAGGCACAUACAAAGGUACGGGCUACGCGACGGGCAAGCUCGACAGAAAGAAGGAGAAGCCCCAUGAACUCGCCUGUAUUCGUCGCGAAGACCUUGAGAAUAGCAUGGCACUGUUACCCAGACUUUUCGCCGCGCUUUCGAUAGCAUGGCCUUCAACGUCCAUGUCCUCCCAGUUUGAUCGGAACCCUCCACCGUUGUUAAUGGUCAUGGCUCGCCGAAGCCCGCUAAUGGUCAGGAUGGCAGAGCUUCUCCGGGAUGAUAGCAUGCAAGAGAUCAUGCGGCAAGGAAUUCCGUACCAGGCCCUCUUCGGCUUCCUCCACGUGCUCUCAGCACAUCCUGCCACGGCCCCGCUGGUCUGUGAUGUUCGAAUCAGCUAUCCCCUCGCUCGCACAUUACUCCCGGUCUGCUUCGGAUAUGGCCCUCUCCCGGUGCCAGACAAGCCUUCAAGCUCCAGUACCAAUGACAAGGGGAAGGGGAAAGCGGUGGAGCUUGACGAGAAGCAGGAUCAGCCUCAGGAAACGCUCCAGUCGUUAGUCAGUCUACUUUCUGCCUUGAGGGUUCAGGCGGAAUCGGUGAAGCGACUCUACAAACCCAGUCCCCGAGGUCUUUCGCAGACGAUCGUCAUGUGCGACCGUAUCUGCGAGAUCUCCCAACAACUCGAAGGAGAGGACCCCAAAAAAUACAAGAGGGAAGUGACUAUUGACGAAGGAAGCAACCCACCCUCUCUGACUUACUCACAAUCAACUGUUUCGUCAGUGGCAGAACCACCUACCAUUCCCGGCGGCAAGGAGGAGAGACUCGCGGCCGCCCGACAAUGGCUCAGCGAAAACAAGGUACAGGAGAUGGAGUCGGAAAGAUGGCGAAGUGACUUUAAGAUUCCCAUCCCGGACUCGGAGGCCACCGCCCCCCGCCGUAUGAAGAAGCUCGUGAUGGAGCUCUCCAUGCUGCGUACCACGCUCCCCGACGGCAUCUUUGUUCGCCACGAUGGCACGCGGUUGGACGCCAUGAAGGUCCUCAUCGUGGGACCGGAAGGCACGCCGUAUGAGAAUGGGCUCUUCGAAUUUGACCUGUUCUGCCCUCUCGAUUACCCGGCGAGGCCACCCAAGAUGGUUUUCAGAACAACAUAUAGCCGUCGGAAAUUCAACCCGAACCUGUACUCUAAUGGCCAAGUCUGCUUCUCCCUCCUCGGCACUUGGACAGGCAGCGCCACCGAAAAUUGGGAUCCUAAAAAGUCCACCCUCCUCCAGCUCCUCGUCUCCAUCCAAGCCAUGAUCUUCAGCCCGGACCCGGUCUGGAACGAACCCAGCCAGACAUUCUCCCCGGCAGCCUCAUUGGUAUACAAGACAGAGAUGCGCGCCGACACCCUCCUCUACGCCAUGAGUCACUGGCUCCAUCUACGCAAAAACGCCAACCCGGCUGCCGAGUAUAACCCGUGGUUCGAGGUCGUGGCCCGCCACUUUGAGGUGAAUUGGCAACGGAUCCUCGAGACGGCUGAAGUCUGGGCCGCGGAGGACCCGGGAAGUCUGCCCGAGGCCGAGAAUGAGGUGGGCAUGUUCAUGAGGGAGAGACGCUCCAAGGAGAGGUUUCCCUGCGGGAUCCGGACGCUAAAGGGGCACUUUGCCGAGUGGGCUACUUCCGAGGAGGAUUUGGCUCUCGUGAAGCUUCGUCCCGAUGAAGAUGGGCCGAUCUAUGCGCCCGUGGAAGUGCCUUUGGGGAAUAGGCUCAAUCUAGACUUCAAUAUGUCUCCGCUCAUGUCCGAUGGCAACGACGAGUCCGAUGGAGACAUCUUCUUACCACCAGUGAAUAACACGUCCCACGUACCGCCACUGGUAUAUCACCCUCAGCCGGAGUUUCACCCUUUCCUGCCUUAUAUUCCUUAA